UAAUAUAGAGAGAGAAACAGAGAGAUUUGUCAUUCUGAGAAACCAAGAAGUGUUAUUUUAUUUUAUUUGUCUCUCUGUCUGUCCUCCAUUGAUGAUUGAAGCUUGAGAAAUCAAGGAAAGUGAAAAAAACCCAUUUUGGUUUGAUCUGAUCUGUGAUUGAUUUUGUGAAAUGGGGAGCUGUAAUUCAAGAAUAAGGAGAGAGGAAAUGGUGUCGAGAUGCAAAGCAAGAAAAAGGUAUAUGAAACAGCUAGUGGAAGCAAGACAAGCUUUUUCUGCUUCUCAUUCAAUCUACAUUCGUUCUCUCCGAAAUACAGGUUCUGCCUUGCUUCAAUUUGCCACCACCGAAAUCAACCAUAUUGAAACAAACCACCACCACCAUCUUCCGCCUCUUCCCCCACCCACUCCCCCGCCAAAUCUUCAUCCUCCUCCGCCGCCGCCGCCGCCGCCGCAGCCGAUGAGUCCAACUCCAACUACAACAACAUGGACAACUUCCACCACCGCUUCCACCGCUCUCCCACCGCCUCCACCUCCGCCAGCAGUUUCUGGAUGGGAUUUCUGGGACCCAUUUAUACCUUCAUCAUCUAGGUCGGGUACUGAAGAAGAAUGGGAGGGAGCGUCGACAACGAUAACUGGGUCAGAGGUUGCCGUUAACCACGCCGUCGCUGCGCCUCCUUCGGUUGUAACCACUACGACGACGAGCGAGCUGGCCAUGGUUGUGUCGUGUAAAUCGAAGGACCUGUUUGAAAUAAUCAAAGAGUUGGAUGAGUAUUUCAUCAAUGCUGCCAAUGCUGGGGGAUCUCUUUCGUCUCUGUUGGAAAUACCCUCUUGUUCAUUCCAGGAUCCAUCUUCAUCAGGUAAGAUUUAUGGGUAUGGAAAAGGUUUGAGUCCAAUGUUAUGGUCAUGGGGAUCUUGUAGAAAAACAGAUUCUUUUAAAGUGGGCGAGUUUUUGACAGAAAGAAAUCAAGGUGAUACCUUGGUUGGUAGUCACUCAUCCACGGUGGAGAAGCUGUAUGCUUGGGAGAAGAAAUUGUACUCAGAAGUCAAGAAUGCUGAGACAUUGAAAUUGGAGCAUGAGAAGAGAAGUUCACAGCUUAGGAAACUGGAGAUAAAGAGAGCUGAUUACAUGAAAACAGAGAAAAUGAAGAAGGAGGUUGAGAAAUUGGAGUCAAGAAUGAUGGUUUCUUCCCAGACCAUUCAAACUACAUCUUCUGAAAUCAUCAAACUGAGGGAAUCUGAUCUCUACCCACAGCUCGUGGAGCUUGUUAAAAGAUUGACGGGGAUGUGGAGAAGUAUGUACGAGUGUCAUCAAGUUCAGACACACAUAGUUAAACAGCUAAAGUAUCUGAAUGUGACUCCAUCAACAGACCCAACCACUGAAAUCCACAGACAAUCGACUCUCCAGCUUGAACUCCAACUCCAACAAUGGCAUCUUGGAUUCUGCAACUUGGUGAAGGCCCAACGUGACUACAUUCAAGCUCUAGCCGGUUGGCUUAGGCUCAGCCUGUUCCAAUUUGGGGAAAACCCUUUGUCAAAAACAUGUCAAGACUCAGCAAUCUACUUACUUUGCGAGGAAUGGCUUCUCGCAAUCAACAGGGUCCCGGAUAAAGUGGCUUCAGAAGGGAUCAAGAGCUUGUUAACUGUAAUCCAUGUUAUUGUUGUUCAACAGGGAGAAGAGCAGAAGCAAAAGAAGAGAUCUGAAUUGGCGUUUAAACAUUUGGAGAAGAAAGUGUCACAGCUUAGGGCAUUGGAGGGAAAGUAUGGACCUUCGUUUUCAAUGCAGCCGGAAUCGUCGAGUGGUAGAAUUAGGACAGACCCGAUAUCGAUAAAACGGGCAAAGGCAGGAUCUUUGAGGGGGAAAGCAGAAGAGGAGAAAAUUAGACAUGAGAAGUCAGUUGGGAUGACUAGGGCAAUGACCUUGAAUAACCUACAGAUGGGUUUGCCUCAGGUGUUUGAGGCAAUCACAGGUUUCUCCAAUGUAUGCAUCCAUGCUUAUGAAUCAGUAUGUAAUAGGGCAACAUCCAUUUCUCAAGAUGCCCAUGAAGUAAAGAGGUUACUCACUUGAAAGAAACACAGAUGAAGAUUGUUCAUCAUUAUUUUCACUAAUCAACUAAGUUUAGGAUCAUGUAAGUAGUAGUAGUUUGUUUGACUGUCCUAAUUUAAGUGGGAAGCUUCAAAUUUUCUUUAAUUAUUGUAUGAAGCAAACUUCAUUUCAUCCAAAGCAGAGUGAUUUCUU